CAUAAUUCGCUGUUACACCGGUCAUCAUGCUCAGGGCGGAAUGUCAACGCCUGACUGAGAGAAUCAGCCUCGCAGACUCAGGAGUUGUGUUAGAUGCUUAAUUUCUAUGUUUGUUUUGGUAGAUAGGUAGUGGUGUGUAUCUGGACAAUGGGGCGAGUGAUAAAGGUGUUUCGGACUCUGCGGAAUCACUGGAAGAAGUCCACUUUUGCUGCAUGUGUCCUGUCUUACGGUGGACACUGGUUUUACGGAAAGCACUGUGAGAAUGUGCUGCGAAGAGAGGCCUGCCAGGAGGCCAGGGAAUUUGGCCGGAAAUUAAUUGGACCCCAGGAGCCGCUGAAGAAAGCAACAGUAAUCCUAAAUCCUGCAGCAAGCAAUGGAAAAGCCAACACUCUGUUUGAGAAGAAUGCAGCUCCUAUUUUACACCUUGCUGGCGUGGAGGUUAAAAUUGUAAAGACAGACUAUGAGGGACAGGCGAAAAAAUUAAUGGAUCUGAUGGAGCAGGCUGACAUACUGAUUGUUGCCGGGGGAGAUGGGACACUACAGGAGGUGAUAACUGGCUUACUGCGAAGAACUGAUGAGGAAGCUUUCAGUAAAACUCCCAUAGGAUUCAUUCCUCUUGGCUUGCAUAACUCCAUAAGCGAAAGUCUACAUCUAAUUACUGACAACAAAGUCAGGCGCAUUACUUCAGCAACACUGUCCAUACUUAAAGGAGAGACAGUGCCACUGGAUGUCCUGCAAAUAAAGAGUGAGAAGGAGCAACCAGUCUUUGCUCUAUUAAGUUUACGUUGGGGUUGCUUCAGAGAUGUUGCAGGAUCCAUCAGCAAAUAUUGGUACCUUGGCCCUUUGAAAACAAGAGCAGCACAUUGGUUCAGUACAUUAAAGGACUGGCCGCAGACUCGCCAUGCUUCUCUCUCCUGUCUUCCUCCUGUUCCUCGACCUCCAGACCUGCCAGCUGAAAAGCCCACAAGACCCAACCUUCUGUAUCGCAUCUAUCGCAGGCUUCAAAACUACUGGAACCCUCCUGUAGAAGAGCCCCCUAUAGAACCAGAACCAGAGCAAUGGGAGGACAGGCAGAUCUCCACCUUAGAGCUCACAAUAAGCACACAGAACAGAAACCCUGUGAAAAAGCGUACAGAUGAUUUCAUGGUGCUAUCUGUGGAACCAGACACACUUACUGUUGGACAGUUCAUUACAGAAGGAACAAAGAAAGCCGAAAAACCACUGGAAUGCACAGAAAAUGCACUUCAGUUAGAGGCCAGUGCAUGUCGUGUCACCUUGCCUCAGGAGGGCGCUGGCUUUUAUGACAUUGACAACGAAGCCUUUGAGGCCAUACCAGUGGAAGUGAGGCUGUUGCCCCGGAAACUGAGGUUUUUUUGCAGUGCAGAGCGCCAAGAAGAACUGGCACAGGUUAACUGAAGUGGUCUCUGGAUUUUUGGACUUUUAACCAUAUAUUGUGUACUUUCACUGUCAUGAUGCCAAGUACACAGCAUCAGAUUGAAUGAACUUUAUGAACUUUUCAUUGGAGUUAUCAAAGACCUAACUGGAUGGUUAAGUUGUUUCUUCUGUGGGCAAAAAAAAAUAACUAAUGCAUUCGAGAGCCGUUAAAAGCUUUUUGCACAGCAGGGCUGCAUCCAACAAGUCAAAGUGACCUUUCUUUCCUGUCUGCUUCCCUUGAUUUUGCCUGUUGCUAGCGGAACCACAUGCUCGUCAGCUUGGCCAAUAUAUUUAGUGGACAACAGAUCAGGCAAAAUCAAGCAAUGCAGAUAGAAAGGAAGAGUCAUUCACCUAUCUGGAUGCAGCCCAGGUGUGUGAAAUUUAUGCAUCAUCAAAUUUGAGUUUGCACACUGAAAUUGCUUAAAAAUUCCCCAAAAACUCAGUGUGGUUCACACAUGAAAGGACCAAGAAAAAAAGAUUUUCAUGACUUCCUGUUUCAUUGUCAUCUUUUCUCCUAUUAAAUAUACCAGUGUCUGAA